AUGGCGGCCGCGCUGCUGCUGCUGCUGCCGCUCGCGGCCGCCGUCUACGAGGACCAAGUGGGCAAGUUCGACUGGCGGCAGCAGUACGUGGGCAAGCUCAAGUUCGCCUCGCUGGAGGCCUCGCAGGGCUCCAAGAAGCUGCUGGUGGCCACGGAGAAGAACGUGGUGGCCGCGCUGAACGCCAGGAGCGGCGACAUCGUGUGGCGCCACGUGGACAAGGGGACCCCCGAAGGAGCAGUGGACGCGAUGCUGAUCCACGGGCAGGAUGCCAUCACGGUGUCCAGCGGCGGGCGCAUCCUCCGCUCCUGGGAGACCAACAUCGGGGGCCUGAACUGGGAGACGCCGCUGGAUACGGGCAGUUUCCAGAUGGCGGCACUGGUGGGGCUGCAGGACGCUGUGAAGUACGUGGCGGUCCUGAAGAAAGCGGCCAUCUCUCUCCACUACCUCUCCAAUGGGCACCAGAAAUGGGCAGAGCACUUACCAGAAAGUGAGAGCGUGCAGUACCAGCUAUUGUAUUCCCACGGGACUGGAGUGAUCCACGUGCUUGGAAUUGUUCCUCAGAGCCACUUGAAUGUUCUGACCUUCAGCGUAGAGGAUGGAGAAAUGAUGAAACAGACAAGAGUAGCCGCGCCGUGGCUGAGGAGCCUGAGCGGCGCGUGUGGCCUCGUCGGGGAGGCCGUGCUGGUGUGCGCGCACGGGGAGACGCGCUCGCUGCACCUCGGCGCCCUGGGCUCCGACACGGACAUGAAGCAGAUCCCCAUGGAGUCACUCGAUGUGGAGUUGGCCACCGACUUCGAGCCCAAGAUCGUGGCCACGCAGCCCAGCCCCGUGGGCGCCUCGCGGCCGCAGUUCCUGCUGCAGCUCUCGCCCAGCCGCUUCGUCCUGCUGCAGUUCAGGCACGGGCUGCUCAGCCACCUCCGCGACCUCCCGCAGGCAGCUCUGGUAAGUUUUGCAACGACUGGGGAGAAAACUGUGGCUGCUGUCCUGACCUGCAGGAGUGAACUGAAACCUGGAAGCUCUGAUGGCCUUCAAGAUGGAAGCACUGUGGAGGAUUCCCAGAAACAGGAAUCCUUAACUUGUUCCAAUCACACCUACAACAUUAAUCUCUAUCUGGUUGAAACUGGCCAAAGGUUGUUGGAUACUACAAUUACCUUCAGCCUGGAUCAAGGCGGUGCCAAGCCGGAGCAGCUGUACAUCCAGGUGUUUCUGAAGAAGGAUGACUCUGUGGGCUAUCGAGCCCUGGUGCAAACAGAGGACCACAUGCUCAUAUUCCUCCAGCAGCCAGGGAAGGUUGUGUGGACUAGGGAGGAGUCCCUAGCAGAAGUGGUAAGCCUGGAGAUGGUGGAUCUGCCUCUGACAGGGGCACAGGCCGAGCUGGAGGGAGAAUUUGGAAAGAAAGCAGAUGGCUUGCUAGGGAUGUUCCUGAAGAGACUCUCCUCCCAGCUUAUCCUGCUGCAAGCCUGGAUGGCCCAUCUUUGGAAGAUGUUUUAUGAUGCCAGGAAACCCCGGAGCCAGAUUAAGAACGAGAUUAAUAUUGAUAAUUUGGCCAGAGAUGAAUUCAACCUGCAGAAAAUGAUGGUGAUGGUCACAGCUUCAGGCAAGCUCUUCGGUAUUGAAAGCAGCUCGGGCACCAUCCUGUGGAAGCAGUACCUCAGGAACGUGAGAGCCGGUUCCACCUUGAAGCUCAUGGUGCAGAGGACGACGGCCCAUUUCCCGCACCCGCCACAGUGCACGCUGCUCGUUAAGGACAAGGAAACCAAAAUGAGUUUUCUGUAUGUCUUUAACCCCAUCUUUGGGAAGCGGAGUCAGGUCGCUCCGCCUGUGCUGAAGCGUCCAAUCCUUCAGACUUUGCUUCUGCCUAUCAUGGACCAAGACUAUGCCAAAGUGCUGCUCUUGAUCGAUGACGAGUACAAGGUUAUGGCUUUCCCUGCAACUAAGAAUGUUCUUCGUCAGCUGGAAGAAAUAGCCCAUUCUAUCUUCUUUUAUCUGGUGGAUGCUGAUCAGGGAAAAUUGUCUGGGUUCAGGUUGAAAAAGGACCUGACAACAGAGGAGAGCUGGGGUGUGAUCAUUCCCGUGGAGGUGCAGAGGAUAGUGACUGUGAAAGGGAAGAGAUCCAACGAGCACGUGCACUCGCAGGGCCGCGUCAUGGGCGAUCGCAGCGUUCUCUACAAGUCUUUGAAUCCCAACCUGCUUGCGGUGGUGACGGAGAGCACUGACACGCAUCCGGAGCGCACUUUCAUUGGAAUAUAUCUGAUUGAUGGGGUCACGGGCAGGAUCAUCCACUCGUCCGUGCAGAAGAAAGCAAAGGGACCCGUCCACAUCGUCCACUCCGAGAACUGGGUGGUGUACCAGUACUGGAAUACGAAGGCACGUCGGAAUGAGUUCACGGUGCUGGAGCUGUACGAAGGCACGGAGCAGUACAACGCCACGGCCUUCAGCUCCCUCGACCGGCCGCUCUUGCCUCAGGUCCUCCAGCAAUCUUACAUCUUCCCAUCUGCCAUCAGCGCCAUGGAGGCCACCAUCACGGAGCGGGGCAUCACCAGCCGGCACUUGCUCGUUGGGCUUCCCUCUGGGGCCAUCCUCUCCCUUCCAAAGGCUCUGCUGGAUCCUCGCCGUCCGGAAAUCCCUACAGAACAGAGCAGAGAGGAGAACCUGAUUCCGUACUCCCCCGACGUGCAGAUCCACGCCGAGAGGUUCAUCAACUACAACCAAACGGUCUCGCAGAUGAGAGGGAUUUACACGGCCCCCUCCGGCCUGGAGUCCACGUGUCUGGUUGUUGCCUAUGGCCUGGACAUCUACCAGACCCGCGUGUACCCCUCGAAGCAGUUCGACGUCCUCAAAGAUGACUACGACUACGUGCUCAUAAGCAGCGUCCUCUUCGGCCUGGUUUUUGCCACCAUGAUCACGAAGAGACUGGCCCAGGUGAAGCUGCUGAACCGCGCGUGGCGGUAGCGCCGGGCGGGCGCCCCGUGAGCCGCGGCCUCCCGCGCUCCGGCCUCCC